AUGAGCAGUGACAACACAAGUAUGGAUACGGGGCCUCCGAACCUUCCUAACGAGGCAGACCAGUAUUGGAGCGCCGCAGGAAAGCCUCGUCUUGCUCGCUUAUGCGCUGGUCUGACAGGUGUUCCGACUCACCGUAGGGGUCUCUCACAGUCCCAGAUCGCCGCCUGCUGUGACGCUCUCGACACCGAACGGCGCGCCAUCAGGCGUGUGCUCUGCCAGCUCGACGCGUCUCACAACGAUUUACAACCAGUAAACUCUCUUCCCUCGGAGAUCUUGACCCACAUCUUCAAGUUGAUCGUAGAGCGUCAUCAGAUCAAAAGGAUUGGCCGACGACACAUGUGGGCCACCGAUUUCUUCUCCUUGGAGUUGUAUGGAUUAGCUCGCGUGUGCAGGCGAUGGCGCACCGAGGCGCUGGCUUGCCGCUCUCUCUGGACCAACCUUGCAACGUCCAUGUUACCUGUGGUCCUGCGGAAUUCUGUCAAAAGAAGUCAGGACGCAUCGCUGAGUGUGGUUACGGACCACUACCGCCAGCGUACAGGUCUGCCAGAGCGCCUAGCAAUCGUCCUUUCGCCCGAAGUACUAGACCGCGCGAGACACUUGUCCCUUGUGUAUGGGGCGUUCAAGCGCGGUUUUGGCGGUUCUCUUGAACCAUUGACGCGACCUAUGCAUCGAUUGGAGUCCUUCGAAUAUCAUCGAGAAUCAUCUUUCGGGGGGUCUUUGGGUGUGGACGAUGGGAAUUUGCCGGGCAAUCUCUUCUCCGGCAUCGCUCCUCGACUCGUCCGCUUCACUGUCGAGUAUCCGUCAAGUUUUCCGCACUUCCCGGAUCUCUUUAAACAACUCCGAUCACUGUGCUUGAAGACACUGCAACAUCUCGACUUUGCGCACCCAUCAUUUCACGACGUGUUCAAUGUGUUAGAUCUUAUGGCCGAUCUUGAGUCACUGGAGCUCACGAAUACGCUGCCUAUAACAUCUCCUCCGCCGCGCCGGUCUACACAGCUUAUCAGGCCGCGUCUCAAACGCAUCGUACUGGAAGGCCCGAUGUUGUCAUGCACCUGUAUCAUUCGCGAGUUUCGUGUAACGGCAGAUUGUGCGAUCAACCUCACCUGCAACGCGUCCGGCGAUGCAGCUAGCUCUAUGACCGACCUCCUCGACGCCUUGGAUGAUACUGGGAUCAAGAAUAUUUCGCCUUUCACUCUUUCCGCCUUCAGCGGCUCGACGGGAAGCCUCCACGUAGCCGUAUACAGGGAGACGUACGACGACAUCAACGAUGUACAUGGAGUACCAUCGGGUUUCAGUCCUUCGGAGUUCGCGUUCUUCCCUGAUGACCCGCCACUCCUCAACAUCAGAGUCGAAGGUCUCGACGUGGCCGACAACUCUGUGAUGCCUGUCCACAUCGCUUCGAUAUAUACACGCUUCUUGUCGCUCGAGGAGUUGGUGCUCUUGAGCAUCCACGUCGACAUGGGUGAAUGUAACGUUACGGGCGGUCCCACAGCGAGCUCCGAGCUGCGCCAGUUAUGGACCGUGGCUCUCAAACCAUGUUCUCAACUUCGAGUGGUCCAUUGCGCUGGCGCUGCGGCGUACACACUAUUACGGGAGCUAGCGUCCUCCCACGAGUCGGAACCUCAAUUACUUCCCGCCCUCGACCACCUCUGCUUCGACUCGGACCGGAUCUCGCGCGACUUGUUAUACGAAGGCGUAUCCAUAUAUGACCUGCUUCUCAACGCGUUGCAACAUCGCAAGAUACCCCAUACCAAGAUCUGCGACCGCCAGCCACUCUUGUAUGGGGAGGGGGACGAGGAUGAGGUCGCAAUACUCAGGCAGCAUACCGACCUUUGGUUCUUUGAGCGCUUAUAUGGAGAAGAUAGCGAGUCCUUGGGCGAUCUCCCUGACCACUUCUUCGAGUAUGGUCCGAAUGUGGUGGAGGUGGGCGCGGACGACGACGGAGCGUAG